GAGACUGUGAAAGUGAUUUAUGUUACAAUCUUUCUUUCCUCCAAAGAGAGUGAUCGAUCGAAAUGGAAGUUGAAUCACAAGAACAAUCCAAUACAUGGGAAGACUAUGUGGACUGGAAGAAGAAACCAGCAAUCAAAGGCCGCCAUGGUGGCAUGCUUGCAGCCUCCUUUGUGUUAGUUGUGGAGGUGAUGGAGAGUUUGGCUUUCUUGGCAAAUGCAAGCAACUUGGUUUUGUACUUGAUACAACACAUGCACUUUUCUCCUUCAAAAGCAGCAAAUCAUGUUACAAAUUUUAUGGGGACUGCUUUUCUUCUUGCUCUUCUUGGUGGUUUCUUAUCAGAUGCUUUCUUUACCACCUAUCAAAUCUACCUCACCAGUGCACUUGUUGAAUUCUUGGGACUGGUGAUACUAACAAUACAAGCUCGUUCAUCAUCAUUAAAGCCACCCGAGUGCAACCCAACGGUCCCAUGUGAACAAGUGCACGGUGCCAAAGCUGCAAUGCUGUUUUCAGGACUUUACUUGACCGCAUUAGGUGUAGGAAGCAUAAAAGGGUGUCUACCAGCACAUGGUGCACAACAAUUUGACGACAACACCAUCAAGGGUAGAAAACAAAUAUCAACUUUCUUCAACUACUUCGUGGUUUGUCUUUCCUUUGGUGUUCUACUUGCUGUUACCUUCGUGGUUUGGAUCGAAGACAACAAAGGAUGGGAAUGGGGUUUCGGAAUUGCUACGUUGACGAUUUUAUCGUCUGUCCCGGUGUUCCUGGCUGGUUCUGGUUUUUAUAGGAACAAGAUCCCUUCUGGUAGUCCUCUCACCACAAUUUUUAAGGUACUGAUUGGAGCCAUCUUAAACAAAUCAUUGUCCCCAAAUAACACUGAACAACAACAACAGCAAGAAACUGUCACAAAGGAUGUCAACCAAACCGAAACCUUGUCAUCAAAUCUCAAAUUCUUAAACAAUGCAGCAACAAACAAACCACCCUACAACUUCCUCAAAUGCUCGAUCAAACAAGUCGAAGACGUCAAAACCAUUCUCCGAGUCCUCCCAAUAUUCGGUUGCACCAUCAUGCUCAACUGUUGCAUAGCUCAACUCUCUACAUUCUCCAUCCAACAAGCCUCAACAAUGAACACAAAAAUUGGGUCACUAAAAGUUCCACCAGCCUCCCUACCCGUUUUUCCGGUUUUGUUCAUCAUAUUCCUUGCCCCAUUUUAUGAUCACAUCAUAACACCAGUUGCGCGUAAAGCUACAAAGUCAGAAACCGGUGUUUCACAUCUACAACGUAUUGGAAUCGGUUUAUUUCUAUCGAUAAUGGCCAUGGCGGUCGCUGCUCUAGUCGAGAUUAAACGCAAGCGGGUUGCUAAUGGUAGCCGGCUCGGCUUACAAGAGCCGUUACCGAUUACGUUUUUGUGGAUUGCCUUCCAGUUCUUGUUUCUUGGGUCGGCUGAUCUUUUCACGUUAGCGGGGUCGAUGGAGUUUUUUUUCGUGGAAGUUUCGGCGAAUAUGAGGUCUUUAGCGAUGUCGUUAUCGUUCGCUUCGUUGGCUAUGGGUUACUAUUUGAGUACCGUGAUUGUGUCGGUGGUGAAUAGCGUCACCGCGGUCUCUGGCCGCGGUGGAUGGUUGUCUGGACGGGACUUGAACCAUUACCAUUUAGAGAGGUUUUAUUGGUUGAUGUGUAUUUUGAGUGCAUUGAAUUUCCUGCAUUAUUUGUUUUGGGCUAACCGGUACAAGUAUCAAUCUCGAGGGGCUAAAUCUUGAAUUAUGGAUACGUUGAAGGUGUAUUGAAGAAACUGUUAUAAAAAUAAGUUAUUUGCAUGUCAUAUUUGUAGGAGUACAUUGAAACUCAUCUUAUUUACAUGUUUUAUUUGUAAGAGUACAUUG